AUGGAGCCAGACCAGCAGCCAGGUGCAGCCGCAGGGCCAGAGGAGCCAGCAGCAGGCCAGGCUGAGGCAGCGGCCCCGCCGCCGCCGCAGCAGGCCAGCGGUGCACCUGACGAUGCAGAGGGUGCAGCGGGCUUGGGGGACAGCCAGGAGGAGGGCAGCGAGGAGGAGGAGGAGACCGAGGGCUAUGGCUCAGAGGAGGAGGAUGGGCCCGACUCUCUGCUGCUCAUAUCGCAGAGGCAGGUGCUGAAGAGCAUCCACGAGGCCUCCACCAACAUGGGGGCUGCCUUCUGCGUGGGAGGCAGCCUGGGACGCCUGCCCAUCUCGCUGGCGGUGGCGCCGCCGCUGCCGGGUGCGGCAGGCGAGACCGAGGCGGGGACGCCCGGGGCCUCGGGCAGCAGCACCAGCAGCAGAGCCAGGCAGGCGGUGGUGGUGACCUUCCCAGACGGCGGCCAGGCCGAUGUGGAGGCGCUGCAGGAGGCUUGCGUGCCCGCCACCUUUGGAAGGGGGACGGAAGAAGUGCUGGAUGAAUCCUACCGCCAGGCCCUGGCUGUGCCCGCCAGCCGCCUCUUCACGCAGCUCGACCUGGCGGCACACGGCGGCGUGCUGGAGGCGGUGCGCCGCCUGCUGCUGCCCGACGCCGCGCUGCUGACCGUCCAGCUGCACACUCUCAACGUCUACGGCCCAGGCGGCUUCUUCAGGGGCCACAGGGACACGCCGCGCGGCAACCCGCGGUUUGUGGGCUCCCUGGUGCUGUGCCUGCCCGUGGCGCACAUGGGUGGCGGCCUGCGGGUGCGGCACGGCGGCAGGAGCGUGGUGUACGAGUGGGGUGCCGGCGCCGCGGCGGGCGAGGUGCAGUGGGCCGCUUUCUUCUCGGACUGCCUGCAUGAGGUGCUACCUGUGGAGAGCGGCGCGCGGGUGACGCUGUCCUGGGAGCUGUUUGCGCACCCGGCCGACGCGGUGGCUCGGAUGCCGGCGCACCUGGCCAGCCUGUCGGGCGGCGCGGGGCGGCUGGUGCAGGCGCUGCGGGCGGCGCUCGACUCAAAAGACUUCCUGGUCAACGGCGGCGCCCUGGGCUUUGCCUGCCAGCACGCCUACCCCAAGUCCCUGCUGGCUGAUGUGAAGGCCAAGGACGUGCCGGCGAUGCUCAAGGGCGAGGAUGCGACGCUGUUGCACGCGCUGAAUGCGGUGGGCGUGCUGUACAGGCUGGUGCGCGUGUGGCAGGAGCCGGAGGACGAGAUGUGCGGCGUGGACUCGGACGAAGACGAGUGGCCGCCCCGCGGCAAGUAUGACCCCGCCUUCAAGGCGUUGCGGGUCUCCAGGAUCGGGCCCAGCAUCCUGAGCGCGCCUGGCGACGACAAGAUGGGGUGGGCGCAUGAUGACCCCACCGGUUGGCUGGAGUGCACCAUGGGAGCCCGCUUCGACACCGACACCAUCUGGCUGGGUGGAGAGGAGUCCUUCCCCGAUUGGACCAUGGGGGCGACGCACAGAUUCAUUAGAGCAAACUGCCCGACCUUUGUGGAGGAGUUCUACUGCGCGAUCGGGAUUGUGGCAAACAUCCCACCCUUUGCCGACCGCCCCAGCAUGGGCAGCAUGGCCUGGGCAGGCCAGGAGGGCGCUGCCGCUGCCCCCAGCCCCUCUGCCAGCCCCAGCGCAUCGCCGCCACACAAGAAGUCCAAGCUGGAGCAGGCCGUGGGCUGA